AGCCUGUUUAUUACCUUCAAUUUGAAUUUUCUGUUGCUUUCAAGAGGUUAUGUUUACAUGUGUUAGAAGAUGGAAGAUGUUCUAGUCUGUAUUCCCGGACAACGUUUAUGUCUGUGCGAUAAAAAGCACAUUUCUGGACAAGGGACGUAUGAGAGGCAAGGAUAUCUGUAUUCCCAACUGGCAGGGUUAGUAAAGAUCAUUGAGAAAGAGGAUGGAGUCCAAUUGAUAGAAGUGCAUAGCACCCAAGACCAAGGUCUUGUACCACAGCAAGGAGAUUUGGUCACAGUUCAAAUCACAAUUAUCAAUCAACAGUUUGCAAAAUGUGCAAUUAAAUGUAUUGGAGACACUGUUCUGAGUAGACCAUAUAGGGGCAUCUUGAGGAAAGAAGAUCUACGUGCCACAGAGAAAGACAAAAUUGAGGUCUACAAGAGUGUGAGGCCAGGGGAUAUUGUUUUAGCUCGAGUUUUACCAAUUACAGAAGCACAUACCUAUCACUUAACAACUGCUGAAAACGAGUUGGGUGUUGUGACAGCACAUAGUGAAGGAGGACACCAAAUGGUACCCAUCAGUUGGACAGAGAUGCAAUGCACAAAAACUUUAGUUAAGCAGCACAGAAAAGUUGCUAAAGUUCUGCCAGAAAAACCCAAACAAAUUGUAACUUAAGAAAAUAAAUUAGGGAUUAAAAUAUA